CGUAGUUCUAUCUCAAUUAAUCCUACCCGAAAGUUUUAAAAUUGGGUUUAAGACGAAUUUGUGAAAUAAGUGUUUAUAUAUAUUAGCUUAUUGAGCUGAAAUCACUCAUCUCACAUCAGUCCUAGAAUAUAUUGAGUGCAAACAAUUAAAGAGGAUUAUUUGUGAUCUUCACAACUAGCUUGAGACCUUCUAGAGAAGUAAAUGAACUAUAUGAUAUUUGAAAUGAUACUCUAAAACUAAAACUAAAAGUAAAUGAACUAUAUGAUAUUUGAAAUGAUACUCUCGAAGUAAAACUAGGAGUAAUUUGAAAUGAUAUCAUCAUACUAUUACUUCAGAUUUCUAACAAAAAUGAACUAUAUGAUACUAUCAAUUUGUGUCGUUCUAUGUCAUAUGGCUCCGGCCUAGUUGUAUGUGCUUGGAACCUCAUCCAAUCCAAAUGGAGCAUCGUCGUUUACAAUCUUCUAGUACCAAACGCCUACACAAAGGCCGGCCUCUAUAUGCUUGGAACUUCGAUGGCAACGCUAGCUUUGUUCUGCACUUCCUCUUCUCUGCCCAAAACUUUGCAGCUAUAAAUUGGAGGAGUUUCAUGUGUGACAUUGCCAACAACACCCCAUAACCACACACACACACACACGGCUUUCUACUUGACCAAAGCCAGAGAAACUGGAUUAUGGCCAAGGCUACCAUCUCAAUUGCCAUUUUCCUAUUGGCUUCCUCUCUUCUCAUUUUCAAUAUUUCUGUAAAAGGUGAGGUUGUUGUGGAAGAAGCAAGCUUGGAGUUACAAUGCAACAAAGCUUAUGGAGUAAAGAGUGGAGACACAUGCUUUGCUAUUGCUCAGGCAUUCAAGCUCACCACAGACCACUUCGAUUUUAUCAAUCCAAACCUCAAUUGCUCUGCCCUCUUUGUUAGCCAGUGGCUCUGUGUCAAUGCCUUCCUUACCUGAACUUAAUAUGAUUUCCACCUGUUUGUCUUCAAUAAUAUUUUAAUUUAAGCACUCAAAAACCCAUUCUCAUUUGAUAAUAAAACCCAAAUCUUUCUUAUGCUGAUUCCUAAUUAUUGUAUUUUCACCGUGUGUUUGUUGUAUGUUUGGGUUAAUUAGUUCUAUGUAAUCUCAAUCCUAAUCUUAAAUUUAUUGGUUAAGAUA